GGAUGAGAGGGAUAAAGGCUGCGCUGCCUUUCAUACCACACAACGUCGCAGUCACUUAUAAGUAAUUAUUAACGCCAGUGGCUUCGACUAGGCCUCUGAGUACUAACUUUUAAAUCACACAGGGUUGUUUAUUUAUUUAUUUAUUUUUGCAUGUGGCGCCUGACUGAAGGAAAGCGCACAACUGGCAACUACAAUUAGAGAUCUGUGUGAUUCUCAGAGUAGUGGCUUCUCCCUGCAGCAGCCAAGUUGCGUGCAAAAACAACGGCGUUUUUGAGCUGAGGCUCGGAGUACUGCUCAUCAUCACACCGGGGAGUCCCUUCGCCUGCGAGAACAAGGAUGAACAGGAAAAACUGAGGUACAGAAACUCCAGAGUUGUGACUCUGCUCUGAUAAAUGUCAACCUGCUCUGAUAUUUGUAUGGGUCUUUCUCCACAACCAAAGAUUUCCCCUGGUGGACUGGACAAACAGGUCGACUCUAACAGAGCUGCACGUACCCUAAGUCUACUUGUGGUCUGACAGAACACAUCGACAUCAAAGCUCUCCGUUCUUCUUGCUGUUUCAUCCCUCUGCCUCUGUUAGAGCGGGGGAUGUCUGUUUUCUAACGCCUCUCAGUCUGCUUAUCAACUAGAUCUGUACAACCGCAACCAACACUGGACAUGGAGGACUAUGAUGUUCGCUCCGCUGCCAGCAUCCUGGCCUCAGUGAAAGAGCAGGAGGCGCGUUUUGAGCAGCUGACCCGAGCCCUUGAGGAGGAGCGGCGCAACGUCACCCUGCAGCUAGAACGCGCCAACCUGCCUCCCAACGCCCCCGCCAGCCAACCGCUAGCAUGGCAGCAAGUGGUGAUGCAGGAGCAGAGCCCCAGUAACGCCACAUCCCUGGCCAUGAUGCAGGAGCCGCAGGAGGUGGUGGAAGAGACGGUCACCAUUGAGGAGGACCCUGGCACCCCCACCUCCCACGUCUCGGUGGUCACCUCUGAUGACGGAACGACACGCCGCACAGAAACCAAGGGUAUGCCAACUAACGUGAAGGUUACCAAGGUGGUGAAAACCGUCACCCGACGCACCUACCACCCAUUGAUGGUCACUGACGGCUUGUUAGUGGAGUCCAGGCCUGCCACCCGGACCCCCACCCCGGUCUCCAUCUCCUCCCCGACCCCUUCCGAGACAGACCCAGUGACGAAGAUGGUGAAGACGGUGACAACCCGCACAGUGCGCCAGGUGCCCCUGGGCCCUGAUGGCUUGCCCCUGCCUGAAGGCUCGUCCCCACUGGGCAGCUACACCGAUUCCAUUGACCGGCGAUACAUGAAGAAUGGAAGCGACCGCUUCAUCACGCCUCAAGCGACCUCCACUCUCACACGCUCCUACAACAACUCCUACAACGAUUCAUACGCCGAUACACCUGAGAGCCAGUACGUCCGCCACUACGGUCUGCACGAUGGUUACGCCGAUUUGACGGACAACUACGGCAGUCUGUCGCGCGGCGUCAACUUCCGACCGCCGCGCUAUCCCUACAUGCCUAAUAGCUACCGGCCCGAGAACAGCUACACGCUGCCCAUUCGCAAGGAUGACUAUGGCCAUGUGGCGCAGCCCCAGGUACCUAUGGGCAGCAGCACUGUGGAUCUGAACCGCUCGCAACCAGAGCGUUUCCAGCCCGAGCCAUAUGGUCUGGAGGAUGAUCGUCGCAGCUUGGGCCCUGAGGAGGAAGAGCCAUAUGAGCUGGAGCCCGACUACUCCACUGCCAACCGGCGCACCCUGCCAGGGGCCAACCGAGGUCGCACCCACCGGGAACCUCUUCGUGAUGGGCCCCGAGUCAGAGGGUACCCAGAUGACCCCAUUGAGGCAGAGCUGAUUGAUGAGCGUCACCCUUACAUCCAUGGCAUUUAUUCAGCACCGCUGGCUCAGCCAGAGAGGGGCAGCAUGGCCAGCCUGGACCGCAUGGGUGGUCGUCGUUCGCCUUCCAUCGACAGCAUCCGCAAGGACCCACGCUGGCGUGACCCCGACCUCCCUGAGGUCAUCGCCAUGCUAGGCCACCCGAUCGACCCAGUCAAGUCCAACGCCGCCGCCUACCUUCAACACCUGUGCUAUGAAAAUGACAAGAUUAAGAAAGAUGUGCGCCAGCUGAAGGGGAUUCCCGUACUGGUGGGCCUUCUGGAUCACCCCAAAUCUGAAGUCCACCGCAAGGCUUGUGGCGCCUUACGCAACAUAUCCUAUGGCAAGGACAAUGACAACAAGGUGGCCAUCAAGAACUGUGAUGGCAUCCCAGCACUUAUCCGCCUGCUGAGGAAGACCAACGACAUGGAAGUUCGAGAACUCAUUACCGGAACCCUGUGGAAUCUGUCGUCCUAUGAACCCUUGAAAAUGGUGAUCAUCAACCACGGCCUGCAGACCAUGACCAAUGAGGUCAUAAUCCCCCACUCGGGCUGGGAGCACGAGCCCAACGAGGACUCAAAGCCGCGCGACGCCGAGUGGACCACCGUCUUUAAGAACACUUCAGGUUGCCUCAGAAACGUGAGCUCAGAUGGGGCAGAGGCUCGGCGCAGACUGAGGGAAUGUGAGGGACUGGUGGACGCCCUGCUGCACGCUCUUCAGUCAGCCGUCGGGAAGAAGGACAUGGACAACAAGUCUGUGGAGAACUGUGUUUGUAUUAUGAGAAACCUUUCCUACCACGUCCACAAAGAGGUCCCGGGGGCCGAAAAGUUCCAGGACCCAUCAACGCUGCAGGCCCCUGGAUCAGCGGGAACACAGAGGAAGAAGAGGGAUGACGCCGGCUGCUUCGGAGGCAAGAAGGCGAAAGAGGAAUGGUUUAAUCAAGGCAGAAAAAACGGUGAGAAUGACAAAAACUACGACACUUUGGAUCUGCCCAAGCGCACGGAGCCGACGAAAGGCUUUGAGCUGCUGUAUCAGCCUGAGGUAGUGAGGCUUUACCUAUCUCUGCUGACGGAGAGCCAGAACUACAACACCCUGGAGGCAGCUGCCGGGGCUCUGCAAAACCUCAGCGCUGGACAGUGGACUUGGUCCAACUACAUCCGAGCCACGGUGCGUAAGGAGAAAGGUCUUCCCAUCCUGGUGGAGCUGCUGCGCUCCGACUCUGACAAGGUGGUCCGAGCUGUUGCCAUCGCCCUGCGGAACCUGUCCAUCGACCGCCGCAACAAGGAUCUGAUUGGAAGUUAUGCCAUGCGGGACUUGGUGAGCAACCUGCCCAGCGGUCAGCAACGGCCAGCCAAGAACCUGGAGGAGGACACCGUGGUCGCCAUCCUCAACACCAUCCACGAGAUCGUCACCGACAGCUCUGAAAACGCCCGCUCCCUCAUCCAGGCCCAGGCCAUUGAGAAGCUGGUCGCCAUCAACAGAACGAGCCAAUCGGCACGUGAGACAAAGGCAGCGUCCCACGUCCUGCAGACAGUUUGGAGCUAUAAGGAGCUGAGGAACGCUUUGACCAAGGACGGCUGGAACAAGAGCCACUUCCAGCCCACUGUGACAGUCACCCCUAAGGCAACCAAGAACGGCAAGCCAGGUUAUGACGACACCACUCUGCCCCUGAUGGAGAAGAACCAAGGCACCAGGAAAUGUGGCAGUGGUGAUAUGAUACCUAUGGAUGAACUGGGUCCAGAUGGUUACUCCACUAUUGACCAGAGGGACAAAGACUGCAAAUAUAAGACAGGCGACGGCUCGGUGGACCUGACAGAACGGGAGCCAUUAAAGAAUGACACAAAUAGGAAACACUAUAUCAGGAGUAACAGGCCUGCGGUCAGUCUGGUGGACGCUUGUGAUGUUAAGCCCCAGCCUGUUGACUCCUGGGUCUAAAUGCAUGCAUGGCUUAAAAUAGCAACGGAGCGACACCCCUGCGAGAAGAGGAUCUCUCAUAUCACCACUGCCAUUUCACAUGGAGCUCAUCUUUGGAGUUGGACUUUGUACAGAAAAAGAAUAAAGAAAAAAAAGAUUUGUUCACAACAGCAACUACCCAGCAGCAGCCAGCGUUCACUCAUGCUUUUCAGAGAAAAAAACAAACAAACAAAAAAAAAGACACUACUCUUACUACUUUGUCAUAUCUACAUUCCCACUGGACAUCAUUUGAACUUUACAGAGUUGACUCUUGUUGAGAUUUACCAGUGACAAGAAUAGGACUGAGGCUGGUGCUGGAGGAGGAGGAGUGAACGUGAUGAGCAGAUACCAUGGAGUAAAGAAAGUGACUGGGAAAGGAACGUGUGUUGGAAGGACUGGAAGGGAACUUGUUGGAGCAGAAAUGGGAAAUAAUUGUUUUGUUUAUCCUUUUCAAAGUUUUCAAGUCUGUAAGAUGUCUUUACUGCAAAUGUUAUGUGUCUUGGAGAAUUUUACUUUCAGGUUGUUGUCAAACUUUGGUAUUUUGAUGUGAACAAGUUUGGAUUGGUGUGUUUGAAGGUCACAGGAUGUUUGUUUUUGGUUUGAGGGGAUGGAUACAGGAGAAGGAAAGUAACCGAGCCUAAGAAAAGAGCUGUAGCAUACAGUAGUGGAUAAACAUGUACUCCCAGCAGCCUGCUCUCAUGAACUUAAAUCCAUUUGGGUUCACUGUGUUUUUUCAUGAAAAAAAGUGCACUGAGAUGCUUUGAAAUCAAAUGUGUGAUUGAUGUCUAUUUUAUAAAGUGAGGAUUCUGCAAGUCGUAGUGUGAAGGAAGGCAAGUGACACAAUGAGUACAUCUGAUAGAGUUUCUGUUCACAUUGCAUCACACAGAUAAGCUAAAAUGGAAACGGACAAAAGCAACAAAGACUUUCUGUUUCACUAUGGUCAACACAUACAAGCCAAAUGGCAAGUUGACCUUCACUCACAGAGCCGUGGUUACUUGUGUAACCACUCAGGUAGUGCAGUGAUUGCGUUUCACUGGUUUCCUGGCUGGUUGCUGUUUGUCAGUGAUGUGUAUCAAAGAGGAUCUAAGGCGUUUUGUUUAUAAAUGAUUUGUGAAAAGAAAGACAGAAGUUUGCUCUCUUGGAUAGAUCUAAAAGCAUUUUUUUUAUUUUUGUUGAGUUUUAUAUAAAUGUAUAUUAGGGUCAAAAGAAAAAAACUGUAAAAUGAAAAAAAACUACAAAAAUGUCAGACUUCUUAGUUGUAUAUUAAUAUAACAUUGUUUGGAAAGCACAUCUCAUUUGAUAAAGGAUCGCCGUGUUUCUAAGCAAGAAAUAACCAUAUAACUUAAAUGUGUGUCAAAUAUUGUCGAGUUACGCCAACAAUCACCUAUUUAUAUUUUCUAUUUGUCAAGAAAGAUCACAGAAAACAAGAGUUUAUCUGCAGUGUUCUUUGUAAAGGUGAUGAUGUUUUUUCUGGCAGCCCUUGCGUCUUCGUAAUAGGCAUCCUGGAUGGGGUCAGAGGUCAGACAGAGGUAAUUGAAAAGACGAGGUGGCAGUGUUAAUAGAAAUCCCGUCGAUUUUUUUUUUUCUUUCUUCAUUUGCAUUUAGACCAAGUUCUCACCAACCCUCCUUUGCUAGUGCAUCUAAAAGAGGAAUAAUUCAGUUGUGAGCAUGAAGAAAAAUCUGUACAGAUGUUUAUAUUCUAUUCUUUCCAAGUGCCGGUUCUUUUGUGGUGUCAUUUGGAUAUUAACUAAUUCAUUCAUGUGCAGGAAGAGAAAACAGGCGGAUGAUUGGAUGUGGGCGGAGGCAAAACUAAGACGUUGCAUCGCACUGUAUAAAUUAAAACGUAAAGAUUGGUCAUAUAGUAUAUAUUUUUACAGUGUUAUAGAGUGCUAAGUUGAGACGUAGGGAAGUGGAUGGAUGCAGAAACAUAUUGCCAUUGAAGAGAAUCCAGUUAAAGGUGGUAUCACUCGUGUCAUCAAGGCGAACGGCAUGUGCCUGCGUUGAAGUCUGAUUUUUUUUCUUUGUGACGUAUGUGACUUUAUAAAGCUUGCAUAUUUUACACGGUGUUUACAAAGAUGUGCGUUGUGGUAAAAAUCAAUGAACUACAAAAAAAAUCUUACUGUAUACAUUUUAAUUUCAGAAGCUAAAAUCGUUACGAUACCCAGCAUCCCUUUUGUGUGUCCUCAGAAGUGUGUGCUAUCAUUGGACAAAGACCCAUAUGACUGUCUACUCCUAACUGCACUACGCAGUACCACAACCAAAGGAUCUGGAGUUGAAUUUACAUGAAUUCACAAAAAGGGUGUUUCUGGUUUUGUGAAUGUGCAGCCCAUUGUACAUUUACAAAAUAAAGAGCCAAGCGACUGUGCUGUAAGCAAAAAUGGACACGGACACACAUAAAAUCAAACAAACCUACCUGUGUAGAUAUAACUGAUUCAAGACCGUCAAAAUAAAGUAACUGUACUACUCAGUAGCAGAUGUGUUUGUACCUAUCAUGUGCCUUAACCUUUUCCAUGGUAGAUAAAGAUAAGUGUGUUUUAUAUAACUUUAUUCCUCCCCUUUCAACUGUCAUCUCUUCCAUGACCCCUGUUCACCUUCUCACUCUGUGGCAGCCUCCCCUCAUCCUUCCCUCCACUCACCUCAUCACUUCGUUCAUCCUGUACCCCACUGCCCCCUCCUCCCCCCACAACCAGAAGUAGUUUAGACUGUUGGUGGGUUUCUGCCUUGUAUUACAUUGUAUUAUAAACUUUUAAAAUGAUAGAGUCGUUCGAAAAAGGGUUUUGAUUUCCUAGAGGAGUAAAGUUGUUAAUGCUUUGGUAGCGAGCAGAAGCGAUGCCACAGUGACAGAAUGUAUUAUGUUAAUUUUACUAAUACCCAGAGGCAAAUAUUACGCUUGUUAAACAUAACGGAAAAAUACUGGUUUGUAGAGUAUACAUUUGGUGUGUUUUCAAUAAAUCAUGCCUGGAAAGAA